UUGUGGGUUGCAUACAUUGUCGUUGUCUUCCGGUUGACAUGACAUUUUAACGUUUAAAAAAUAGUGAUUUUUUCAAAUCCCGCGUAAUAUUUCGUAUCCAUAAACUUAAAAUAGCUUUCUUUGAAUUGUUUUGUUGUGUUGCAACUUCUUACUAACUAAACAAUACUAUGCGAACCUCGAUUUUAGUGCUUGUUUCUUGUCGGUUAUGAAUGCUGGAUACUACGCCCAGAGCAGCCCCAGUCGAGAAUCUGGAGUUGUAAGUGAUUGUGACACAAUGGCUGAACUUGCAGCAUUACUGCGCUCUGAAAUCCCAGAGGGGCGCAGUAACUUGACUGAUAACCAUACGAAUCUGGAAAGGGUUGCAGAAUAUUGCGAAGCUAACUAUUUCCAGUCAAAUAAUAAGCGUGUUGCUUUGGAAGAAACCAAAAAUUACACAACCCAAUCUUUAGCAAGUGUCGCAUAUCAGAUUAACACUCUUGCGUUUAAUUUUUUGCAAUUAUUGGAGCUGCAAGCGGCGCAAUUAGCCGAAAUGGAGAGCCAAAUGAAUCACAUUUCACAAACUGUGAUGAUUCAUAAGGAAAAGGUGGCAAGACGCGAAAUUGGAGUGUUGACUGCUAAUAAAUCAACUAGUCGACAAUAUAAAAUUAUAGCUCCUGCAAACCCAGAGAAACCUAUCAAAUAUUUGAGGAAACCAAUUGAUUACAACAUUUUUGAUGAUAUUGGUCAUGGGGUGAGAAGCAGUGGGACCCCGAGACAAAAACAGCGGGGUUCGAGUCAGGGAAGCAUCCAGUCUAUUACAGCCAAUCCUAUGGUGGGCCCAGCACCGACUACCAAACCACCAACACCUCCACAAGUCUCAAGAACAUCAAGUAAAGUUUCUGUUUCAGGAGGUACGUUGAGUAAGGGCAGUCGCGAAUAUCGCACUCCACCAGCAGUGGCGCCCCCUCAAGUCCCUAGUCACUACGCUCCCAACUAUCCCAUUGGUCACGCAAGACGUUCCACUGAAAGGGGGCCUGGUUAUAGCACUUUGCCCAUGGCCCCAAAUCAACAUCAGGCAAUGUCGCCACCACAAGUAGGAAUGGUGCAUCCUAUGAAUGUAAAUCAACAGCAACAUCCUCAAACUCCACCGCCACCGCCUCCACCCGGUAAUGUAGGAAACUACAUUCAGACGGAGCAUCAUAUAAGCAUGCCGCCGCCUCCUUCACCUCUGAUCAGCCAAGAAAUGCAAAUGCCGUCAACCCAGCACCAUCCCAUGAUGAUGACCCAGCAUGCCCCAGUGCCUCAUGGAAGCCUGGGAAUGCAUACUUUGUCCCAUGCCCAUGGCCAGCGCCUCGCCCGAAGUAGCGGUGCUCAUUCUCCUCCAUUACCUCCUCCACCUCCUCCAGAAGACGAACACGAGGCUUUUGGCAGACCUCGCACCAGUGGGGUCAUGCCGAUUGUGCCCGAUGAGGAAGAUUUGCCUGGAUGGGUUCCCAAGAAUUACAUAGAGAAAGUUGUUGCGAUUUACGAUUAUUACGCCGAUAAAGAUGAUGAAUUGAGUUUUCAAGAAAGUUCGGUUAUUUAUGUGUUGAAGAAAAAUGAUGACGGUUGGUGGGAAGGUGUCAUGGAUGGAAUUACGGGAUUGUUUCCUGGGAAUUACGUGGAACCUUGUGUGUAAUUUGUUAAUUAGGUUUCCGUUAUAAAAUGUAUUAAAGUAAUAAUUAUGCAAAUCAAUUAUUAAUGGUAUUUACGCAUGACCCGAGACAAUGGAGUGACUAUAUCUAAAAGGAAAUUUUUCAAACUGUCUAGAACGAAACUUAGUAGAUGUUUCACUAUUCUGUAGAUGGUAUGAUGGUAACUGUAUAAUUUAUUAUAUUAUUUUUCUUGAAACAUUUGUAAUACAUUUAUAAGUAAUAAAAAUUCUAUAUCAUAA